AAACCGUUGUUCGAAGAAAAAAUCCUUGGCACAGCUGGCUUCCCCGCCCAUCACAACCCAUUAGACCAAUUUUAAGCAAAAAAUAAAAUAAUGAAAAAGUGAGGACACCUAGAACAUGAAAAUGGUGCUCUCACAGAGGCAAAGGGAGGAACUAAACAAAGCCAUUGCUGAUUACCUUGGCAGCAAUGGGUACACUGACUCUUUGGAGGCCUUCAAGAGGGAGACUGACAUGCCAGGAGAAGUAGAGAAGAAAUAUGCCGGCCAUCUGGAGAAGAAAUGGACGGCUGUUCUACGUCUGCAGAAAAGAAACAUGGAGCUGGAGGCUAACCUGGCCGACUUCCAGCGCGAAAUGCAGGCGGGUGCACCAACACGCGAGAAACGCUCCCCGUCCGACUGGAUCCCCCGUCCGCCCGAGAAGUACGCGCUCACCGGCCACCGCGCGCCUGUCACCAAGGUGCUGCUCCACCCUGUGUACAGCCUGAUGGCCUCUGCCAGUGAGGACGCCACUAUCAAAGUCUGGGACUUCGACUCCGGCGACUACGAGCGCACGCUGAAGGGACACACUGACAGCGUCCAGGACAUCGCCUUCGACCACACCGGAGCCUUCCUCGUGUCAUGCAGUGCCGACAUGUCCAUCAAGCUGUGGAACUUCUCCGGCCACUACGAGUGUCUGAAGACUAUGCACGGCCACGACCAUAACGUUUCCAGUGUGACGUUCACCCCUGCCGGAGACUUCAUCCUCAGCUCGUCCCGUGACAAGGCCAUCAAAAUGUGGGAGGUGGCCACCGGGUACUGUGUUCGUACCUUCACCGGCCACCGUGAGUGGGUGCGGAUGGUGCGGGUCCACCCGGACGGACAACUGAUGGCCUCGUGCUCCAACGACCAGACGGUGCGCGUGUGGGACGUGGCCUCCAAGGAGUGCAAGCUGGAGCUGCGGGAACACGAGCACGUGGUCGAGUGUGUAGCCUGGGCGCCUCCGUCUGCGGCUCCGGCUAUCGAGGAGGCGGCCGGCGGCGACAACAGCGGCCGUCCCGCGCACCCGGGGCCCUUCCUGGCGUCCGGCUCACGCGACAAAACCAUCAAGAUAUGGGACGCCAGCUCUGGUCUGUGCCUGCUCACGCUGAUCGGUCACGAUAACUGGGUGCGUGGCCUGGUCUUCCACCCGGGCGGACUGCUGCUCCUCUCCGCAUCCGACGACAAGACGGUGAAGAUAUGGACCAUCAAGGCCAAGCGGUGCCACCGCACCCUGGAGGCUCACCAGCACUUCUGCACCUCAAUAGAUAUGCAUCGGACGGCACCGUUUGUCGUCACCGGCAGCGUCGACCAGACCAUCAAAGUGUGGGAGUGUCGCUAACCACGUGGGAGCGCUAGCCAAACCGCUAGCCGGACACGGCUGAACCCGCAGCGCUGGCUAGCCGCUAGCCGGGCGGUCGUCCGGACCCCGUGCCGGAGCGCUGGCUAGCCGCCAGCCGAGCGGUCGUCCGGACCCGCGCGGCCGCCAGCAAUGAUCUGCCUGCCGCUGCCGCCGCUGCUGCACGCUCCACAUUCCACGCUAGUCAGGCUCGGACGGGCGGCCGCCGCUCCGCUGCGGCAGCCUGCAGUGCGGAGCGCGCGGCGAGCUCCCAACUGAGAGACGCUCCGCCGGCUGGCCGGCUCCGCUGUGUGAUAGGGAGAACGAGAGAGAGGGGGCGGCGCGCUCGGUAGCUAUUUAAUUCUAGUAUCUGGUGUGUUAGCUGUUGUGUUAACUUAUACCCGUGGUGGCUGGUGACGCGCGGAUCUGGGACUGAGCGGAUGGCGAUGCGAGUCCUUAUCUGGCUCUCAGCUGACCUGGCGAUGUGGGGCCGGUACCGCAUCUCGUCUGGUGCAGAGCUCCCGCCCAAUUGUCGUAGUUUUCUGUUAUACGCUCUCCGCGCGCGAGGAUGAAGUGCAAGGCGAGUGUGACGUCUCUCACCUCCAAGGCUAUGGCUGAACAACCCAGAAGCACCUACUCUUUAGCCGCCCUUUUGCCGCCAAGACCGGGACCCCUCACGACCUAGCCGAGGCAGCAGCAAACGCAUCCGCACUGAACCCCAGCACCAGACUAUCGCGGAAUCGACGCCCUCCGAGUCUCCAGUGCGUGUCAGGCGGAAGGUGCGGUGUCGAAUGAAGCGCGAUAUUGUGCCGAGUGGUGCAAAGUAUUCCCCCAGUCAGCUCGACCCCCUCACGGUCGUCAGUGAGGGGCGACAUCAGCAGCCGACGGAAGGGAUUGCCCCGAUAUGCAGCCUGAGUUUUCCCCGUGUAAAUACAGCGGCCUGCUCAGGGCUGGAGGAUGCCGGGGAUGGUAUUGAGUGGGGGACGGCGGGGACAGACGUAGUAAGGUGCGGGCACGCGUCGAAUUGGUGGAGGGCAGCCACCUUGGGCGCCUCAAUGGCAGACUGUGCGCUUUGCGUAGCCGGUGAUUUUGUUUGCUGCGUACCUUGCUGACUGGGUUUUGUUUUCUGAACAGUAUAUCGUGCGGCUGCUUGAUCGACAUAGGGUUGUGACUCGUCCCAUUAGUUUGCAAUGACAUGCAGAUGCUGCCAAGCGAAAUAUAGGCUCGGUAUAUAGAGGAUGAA